AUGAGUCCCAACGACAAGGCUCAAAUCGACGAGCUCAUCCGGCGGGAAAGUCUUUUUUAUCUGUACCGCGUCUUCAACGGGGGACUAAAUAAAAUGCAUCUCAAAGCUCUACAAGAUCCUUUGAUUCUAGCACGUCAGCAUCUAGUGGAUUGUGCAGGCCGCCAGUGGUCGGGCAAUCUCAUGACCUUACGAGGAGCUUUGAUGCGCAUACGUGCUAUAUGGUCCCACAUCCCGUGGAAGGAUGAGAGUCCUGAAUGUCCUAUUGAAUUUUCAGGGCAGGAAAUUGGUGACCAAAUUGAAAACGAGCCAAUGUGGGACAAUUUAAACACGCUUUACGACUAUGCCACCAAACGAAAUCAGUCCCUCAAAGCAGAAUUCUCCGAUGGUGGCAGUGCAGAUGAGCUUGAGAAAAUCAAGCGAGGCUGGCCUUUUCAGGAUCAUGAGGAGUUCUUUUAG